CGAAAUAUCAAACCAGACACACAAAUAUCCACACACUACAUGCAAUAUCAACCUGUGUUUCACUGUUUCUGUGAUAAAUUAAUGUUGAUGUUUUGUCAUAACGUAAGUGGAAAUAUAAAUAUAAAUGGUUAUGUGUGUAUUUAUAUAAAUGGACAGAUUCAUUCUUAAUGUAACUAUUCUACCUUUCUGUCUUCUACCUAUUUUAUAUGUACAAAAACAAACUGAAAGAUUGCAGCUGGCUUGCUGAAGAAAAGCAAUGUCAGUAGCACUUAUAAUCAAAAAAGCUAAAUAUAUAUUGAGUUUGUUAGGUAUAUAAUUGAUAUAACGCACUAUUUUUUUCAUAAACUCCAACUGCAGUGUUUGCCCAGUCUGAUCUUCUCAGUCUGGCCUCAGUCCAAAACCACACCUACUGCAGCCUGAGAAGCAGGAAGUUUCUCCCACUCUCACACACAGAAAACUGAGAGAAAACGAAACUGGAUCCUAUCAGUGUUUGUUGUAAAAUGGCAGAAGCCAGUGUCACAGUGGAUCAGAACCAAUUCACCUGUGUAAUCUGUCUGGAUCUACUGAAUGAUCCAGUGACAACAGCCUGUGGACACAGUUACUGUAUGAGCUGCAUUAAGAGCUGCUGGGAUCAGGAGGAUCAUGCUCGAGUUUACAGCUGCCCCCAGUGCAGAAAGACCUUCAUACCCAGGCCUGUUCUGGGCAGAAACACCAUACUGGCUGAGGUGGUGGAGAAACUGAAGAAGACUGGACAACAAGUGACUGCUACUGCUGACCAUUAUACUGGACCUGGAAAUGUGGAAUGUGAUUUCUGUCCUGGGAGAAAACGCAAAGCUGCCAAAUCCUGCCUGGUGUGUCUGGCCUCUUACUGUGAAACUCACCUCCAGCCUCACUAUGAGUCUCCAGCUUUUAAGAAGCACAAGCUGACUGAUGCCACUGGACAUCUGCAGGACAAGGUCUGUUCCCACCAUGACAAACCCCUGGAGAGCUACUGCCGUACCGACCAGCAGUGUAUCUGUCAUCUCUGUACGAUGUAUGAACACAGAGGUCAUGAUACAGUCUCCGCUGCUGCAGAAAGGGAGGAGAUACAGAAAAAAAUGGGUGAAACACAGAAGGAAUUUCAGCAAAGAAUUCAGAUGAAACAAAAGGACCUGCAAGUGCUGAGAGAGGCUGUGAACUCAAUAACAGCUCCUUGUCUGUGUAGGUCAGUACAUUCAGCUGUGGUAGACAACGAGAAGAUCUUCAGUGAGAUGAUCUGCUCCAUCCAGAGAAGACGCUCUGAGGUGACAAAGUUGAUCAGAGAUCAGGAGAAGGCUGCAGUAAGUCAGGUUAAAGGACACAUGGAGAGACUGAAGCAGGAGAUUGAUGAACUGAAGAGGAGACACUCUGAGCUGGAGCAGCUUUCACACACAGAGGAUCACAUCCAUUUAAUUCAGAGUUGCCAGGGUCUUCCGGUUGCCCAAGAAGCUGGAAUUGGACCCAGAAUCUCUGUCUAUCCACGUUGUUCUUUUGAGAACAUGAGGAAGGUGGUUUCUGAACUGAAGGAUCAACUGGAGAAUGUUUGUGAAAAGAAAACAGCACAGUUGCAUCGUACAGUUACCAAAGACACCAUCCUAUCGGUAUUAGUGCCCAGGACCAGACCAGAAUUCUUACAAUAUUCCUGUCAGCUCACACUGGACCCCAACACAGCAAACAAACACCUCCAACUGUCUAAGGGGAACAGAGUGGUGACAUGGAAGGAAGAGACACAGUCAUAUCCUGAUCACUGGGAGCGAUUUGUCACAUGCCACCAAGUGCUGUGUACAGAGGGUCUGACUGGGUGCUGCUACUGGGAGGUUAAGUGGAGCGGGGGAUGGGUUGGUAUAGCCGUCACAUAUAAAGGGAUUGACAGGGAAAGAGGAGGUGAGGGCAGUAGGCUUGGAUACAAUGACAAGUCCUGGUGUUUGUACUGCUCAGGCUCCAGUUACUCAUUCCGGCAUAAUACUGUGCAAACAGCGGUAUCUGGCCCCCCCUCCCCCAGGAUAGGAGUGUACCUGGAUCACGGGGCAGGAACUCUGUCCUUCUACAGCGUCUCUGACACAGUGACCCUCCUGCACAGGGUCCAGACCACGUUCACUGAACCACUCUAUCCUGGGUUUUUUCUCUGGAACAGUGCAGCCAGACUGUACUGAGUAUGUUAACAGGCUGUUAAAAGUAUGUCAAAAAAUUAAAGACAGAAGCAGGCAGUGAUUCCAGGAGAUCAGUGCACAGAUCAAGCCAAGGUGUGUCCUCCAGCACUAGGGACACCCUGGAUGGGAUGUCAGUCCAUCACAGAG